AUGUUCACAUUGUCUUCUUUUUGCCCUACUUUAGGAUGGGAAUAUCCCAUAGAUCAAAUAGUAAAAGACCAAACUUUUCCUUAUAAUUUGAACUUAGAUUCUACAUUUCUUGUUGAUUUUUCAACAUCAUCUCAAGCACAAAACUAUGGAGAUCAUGAUCAUCAUCAUCAAUUUGAUCAUGAUCAUCAUAUUAAAAGAGCACAAAGUGAUGAAUCACCAAAUGGUACAAGUUCAAAUGAUCAUUAUCAAAGCUCUUUAUUAGCAAAGAAACUUAGUCAUAAUGCAAGUGAAAGAGUUAGAAGAAAGAAGAUUAGCAAUUUAUAUUCUUCACUUAGAGCUUUGCUUCCUACUAAUCAUCUAAAGAAAAAAUUAAGCAUUCCAGGGACAGUUGUAAAAGUGGUAGAAUAUAUUCCUGAGCUCCAACAAGAAGUGGAGGAUUUGAUUCGUAAAAAGGAAGAGUUCUUAUCAAAACUUUCCAAAUUACAAGGAAAUGCACGUGAUUUUAUUCUUGAAGAAAAACCUAAAAAUUGCAUUAUCAAUGAAACGACAUCGUUUUCGAUUAGUGCAAAUAAAUUGGGUGAUAAAGAUAUAAUGAUUCAAAUUUCAUCAUUUGAGACAAUUAAAUUAUAUGAAGCUCUUUUGCUCCUUGAACAAAAUGGUUAUUUUGUUGUUGAUGUUUCUUCUUUUCAAUCUUUUGGAGGAAUUACAUUUUACAAUAUACAUUUAUCGAUGGAAGGAAGUUUCACCCAAAAUGUCCAACAAUUGAAUGAAGCAUUGCAAUCCCUGAUACAACAGCAGAAACAAAAGCAAUUACAACAGCCUAAAAUCCAUUUUGAUCUUUUGAACUUCUAAAGUUUUGUAAUAUUAAAACUUAAAUGUAAUCUUGAAAUAUAGGCAGAGUUAUUAGUGAAUGAAGAUUAGCCAUCCCUUAUCUUCCAAAUC